AUGGUCAAUAAUAAACAAAUUUUGAAAAAUAUUCUUAUUACAUUUUUUAUUAUAGUUAAUUGUAAAUUUUUAAAUGCUUUACAGGAUCAAAGCAAAAUAAAUUCAAAAGAUUCAUGUUUUACAUAUAUUCCUAAAUCAGUAUCUGAAAAAGUUACUUUAUUAAAACCUGACCUUGGUGGUUUGAGAGAUGUUGUUAUAAAAUCAAUACCAGAACAAUUUAGUAGUAAAAACAAUAAUAAUAAUAAUAAUAAUAAUAAUAAUAAUAAUAAUAACAAUACUUUAUAUUUUUUAUUAAAAGAUCUUAAACCAAAUACUCAAUAUGCAUUAAGAAUAUCAUACCCAGCAACAGUUUUAAAUAAAUUCAAAUUGAAUGAAGAUGAAAAACCAAAAUCAAGAGACCUUUUAAAUACUGAAAUUAUUAAAUUUAAGACUGAUUCCAGUUCUUAUGAAUCAUAUGAACUUAAUAGAAUUAAACAUAAUCCAUGCUCAAUUAUUAUGAUUGAUGCAAUUAAUUUAGCAAUCACACCAUCAUUUGUAAAAAAUGAUGGUUAUAAAUAUCAAAGUUUUGAUCUCAUUAUGGAUACUGAAACUAUAGGAGUACCACCUGAAAUUCCAAAAUUAGUAUUAAUAAUAGUAUCAACACUCUUUAUUGUAUUCUUUGCUGUAAAAAAAUAUAUAAACCAUAUUUAG